AUUCCAUUCAUUACGUAAUGUGGAAUGCCUCGUUUGUAGUUUGUUAGUGUAAUCAAAAAAUAUAACCUGUGAGUGGGUGUGUUAAAGACUACAGUGUUUUAGAAAAAUGAGAGCUGUUCUACAAAGAGUGCAAAAUGCUACGGUCACAGUUGAUGACUUGGUGGUGUCUGCCAUCGGCACUGGAUUGGUGGCUUGGAUUGGCUUUGGGGCCCAAGACACUAACGAUGAUCUAAAUUACAUGGUCAACACCCUUCUGACGACGAGAUUCUACCACGCAGAACACAGCACGCAGAGAUGGACUCGGACGGUGAUGGACAAAGGUCAGGAGUUGCUGAUCCUCAGCCAGAUCAGCCUGUACUCUAUGGUGUACUUGGACAAACCGUUCUUCUAUCAGGCGAUGGGCGCCCGCAGGUCCAAGUCUCUGUACGAACGCUUCAUAAAAAGUUUGAAAAGAAGAUACAAGUCAGACAAGAUACGAGAGGGCAGAUUUGGAGCAGGCUACACAGUUUCCAUCCAGUCCAAAGGACCUGUGUUCAUCAUAGAGAGUCCCUACAGUCCCCAAUACGGGGGAGCCGGAGGUCCCCCUCCCCCUGGUCCCUACAAGCCCCCCGCUGCCAGAGGGGCACCAUCAUACGGAGCACCCCCGUAUUAUGGAGCACAAGCACCUCCGCAGAGUUACAGUGCUCCACAGACUUAUGGGGCUGCUCCACCUCCAUAUGGAGCACCCCCACCCUACGCUCCUCCUUAUGGGGCUCCUUCUUAUUCCUACGGGGCUGCGCCUUCGUACAACACUCCCUCCAGACAAUCUCAAACCCCGUACAAUCAGUAUCCUGCGUACAACUACUCUUACCAGCCCCAACCACCCAAGCCCUACUCUGAUUACCCUAAUUAUUAGCAAAUAAAUAUUACCUAAGUAAAUUUUGUAUAUUUCAUACACUGGAGUCUCGUAUAAAAAUUCAGAGUAAAACGGAAAUUAAAACAACGCAUAGUAGUGGUAGAGAAACCGUAGGCUUUGGCGAAAUAGAUUUCCUACUCACCUCUUAGCCCUCUUCCCUACAUUCAACCCAGAGCUGGUCUUGGGCGGUGCGGAGCCCCUUACUACCAAAAAUGUCUAAUCCCAACAAUAAUAACAAACAUCUCAAUGUGUAAUAUUAGUAUUACUUCUCUCUUUUACAUUUUUCAUAAUUGACAUAAAAUUCACAAUCAUUUUUUUUACAUUUUGCACUAAGUAUACCUGUGCGGGCGCACCUUUUGCAUAAGUCUACGGCUGGCUCUUCAACCAUAAUUCAUCACUUCCUCUGUUUUUAUGUUGAGUAGAAGAAUUGAACACUACUAAAACUUUAAGGUGAAAAGUUGUUUAUUAACCAAAAAUAUGUACAACUUAUCUGGAAAAUGAGAAAACACUUAUCAAAUUCUUAAAGUAAUAUAUUUUAUAGGCACUUCCUACACAAAUAACAAAAUAAAUAUAUUAAUAGCGAGUUUUAAACAUUUAUAAAAACCCUACUGCAGUUCUUUAGGCCUAUUUACUAAAGAUAUUUUAAAAUCACAGCUCCUCAUUCAGGAAUAAAGCACAAGUUUUGCUGUAGCUUAACCAUUUUGUGCUUAUACAAUGUCCUAAUUUGUGCACAAUUACAUAAUAGAUUUACCUACUUAACACUUUAACACCUAGUUAAGACUUGUGCGGAAAAGCAGAAGGAACCAAGCUGUUCUUAAAAUGUUAUCCUAGUAGUGACAUUGAUACCUAGUAAGCAAUGCAAUAACAAUAACAAGAAGAUUGAUACGUGUCUUCAAAAUGUUCUUUCACUAUGCAUAAAAUAACUCAUUUCUAAAGCUAUAAACCAUUGUGAAAAGGACUUAAAGGUGACAUUACUUCUUAUUUAAUCAGGCUAUGAUAUUUUUAGUUGCCACUUAAUUUUAAAACUUAGAUUCCUAUUCGCUUUUCCAUUCUUGUGCUUGUACAUAGUCUAAACGUUAACCAGACUUUAAAAAAAUAGCUAACAUUAACAAUAAGAAAAUUCAUAUCUUGUAACUGUACAAGUCAAAAUUUACAUGAUUUUAAUUAACAUCAAUACAUUUCAUAGAUCCAUAAUCUACUAAAUUUUACAAAUGAAUUUUUACGUGAUUAUUAAAUCAUAAUGAAUGGAAACACAAUGAUAAGGGUUUUGGGUUUUCUUACUCAGAGAGAGUUUUGCAGGAAAAGAAUAUUUUAAUUUCUCACACAUAAAUAAAUCAACCAUUAACAUCUGGGCCGAAUAUUUUGACUUUAAAGCCAUGAUUCAUCUAAAUUUAACCAAACAUAUCAAGUAAUGAUAUGUGGAAACGGCGUUUUAAAAUUAAAUUAUGAUAUAUUUAACCAGCUAUUUUUGAAAAAAUUCUUUACUGCCACAAUAUUUAAAUACACUGUAAAAAAUAUCUAAGCCACCAACAAUCAGUCUUGUGUUAUUGGACGUUAAAUACUAAUACAAAUUUUCUUAAAUUAUGGUUAAGCUAAAUAACUUAAUUCUAAAGUAAAUAACCUAGGUCUUAAAAAAUGUAUAGUAAAAAAAUAAAGUUACAUUACAGUACGGUAUUCGAGUUAUACAUUUUUUGGUACCUAUUGCUGUAAGAGUAUUUAUUUGCUUCAAAACUGAAGUCAAGCAGUAUAUU